UCAGUGCUGGAAAAAUGUUAUUUGCAUUUGAAUGGGCAUAAUCCAGAACGCGGGCAAGAGACUUCAACCUAAAAAUACUUUUAAAAAUACGUAGAAAAUCCGAUAUCCAAGUAGGCAACUGAAAGUUGAUCCAAAAUUCAAGCGAAUCAAGUUCUGAAACAUUUUUUAAUAGUCAUCGGAGUAUUUUUGAUUUAAUAAAGCGAUGUCCGAGCUGCCCAAAGAGUUUCCCCGCUUGCUCAGACCGGGUUCGGGUGUUCGGGAUGAACUGAAGCAGAAGAUAAAGGAAUUCGAGGCCAUGCAGAUGGAGCGUUUGCAGCUUGAUCGCGAAAUGAGUUUGUUGCGCAAGCGGCAGAAUGAAACUGAGGACCGUGUGGCGGAGGAACUGGCUGAGAACGAGUUCCAGAGCUGUCUGGGGGCACAGCCAGCCGUGGAGCGCAGCUGCACAGAUCUACAAAACAUGUUUGAUCAACAUCUUGGAUGCAUUGUCGACGAUUUGGCUGCUAAGUUUAAGCGAAUGUUCUACCUUGAUAUCGACAUGAGGGAGCUUAAGGCAUCCAUCGAGAGCGACAUUGCUGCGGACAACGAGAAGUUGAAGUCCAAGUGAAUUCAAAGCAAAUAUAUUUGCAGAAAACAGCAGCUAAUUGAUUCCCAAACCUGAAGAUACUACAUCUGCCAGACCACUCUCAAAGUACCCUCAAAUACUUAUUUCCCAUGCUUCCAAAUCCCACUCAAACAAAAGGGAAUCAAAGUUCAUCAAGUGAAAUCCAAGAGAUACCAAAUUAAUCAACUUACCAACUAAAUGUUCAAUUAUUCAACUGAGCUGCAAAUAAA